UCCCCGACUCACCGCACAUCCACCAACAACCCGCCCUUCGCCAUGCAGCGUUCAGCCACGCGUUCUCAGAAACGGCCACCCGAGCCGCCGUCCCAGAAACAGUCCACCUCGGCUUCGCCGCGGCGUCUCUCCACCAUCCAGUCGUCCUCCUUCAAGUCUUCGCCAUCGUAUUCGGUCCGGGAUACCUCCAUCUCUCAGCCACAACCCAAGCGCGAGUGGGUCCUAGAUCCGGCUCUGGUCACUCAGACUGGUCUGUCGUCUCAGGAGCUCACGGAGCUGGCCGAAAUAUUCGCCCUUGUCGACCGCGACCACGGCGGCACCAUCAGUCUCGAUGAACUCGCCCAGCUCAUGACCAUAGUCGGCCUCCAAGCGAGCAAAUCCGAGCUCGAGACCAUUAUUUCCGACAUCAACCUCAAGGCCGAAGCCGAAAUCGACUUUCUUUCGUUCGUCCAGGCCGUGAGCCGCAAACUGGAAACCAGUAUCCGGCUCGAUGAUCUCUUGAAGGCGUUCCGACAAUUCAUCCCCGAUGGAUACGACGGGACCACCGACGUCUGUCUGAAUCAAGACAUCGUAAUCUCGAUCUUGACCGAAUAUGGCGACCCAGACAAGCGUCUCAGUACGGUCGACGCUGCAGAGCUGAUCGAGCAGGUUGCACCCAGCGGGAUGUCGGGGCCUUUCGACUACAUUCAGUUCAUUCACAUGUACUUUGAGGGCAUAUAGAUCUUGCACGUCCUGUUUUGCUUGAUGCCUUCUCGACUUGCCGGCACCGGACGGACAACUACACCACGAUGAAAAAUUUGGGGCCACCUGUAUUGCCCAAGAUGAGUAACUCGGGACCAGGUCAGCAGGCUCAAAGUGAGUCAUAACGACUCAUCCAACGACCCAGAUCAUUGGCACGUUCUGGCUCGAGCCAUGCAUCCGGCUCGAGUUUCCGUGUCGGCUCCGCACAGAAUUUCUUAGUGUCAGCGCGGUUGCACAAACCCAUUCCCGUGCGGCUCUCCCUGCCCUGCUUCGCCUCCCGACUGCUUCGCCUCUUGGACAGAACCGCUCCCCAGGCGACGGAAAUGGCUGUAAAUAGCGAACAAUUUUCUUAUAUUCAGCUGUCCAAGCUGAUUUGCAGUAGUAAUAAUAAUUGAGCAAAAUUGGAAAAUUACUUACCGGUAUCCAGCCAUGAAUACACUGAGAAUCAAAGUGCAAUUGGCAGUCAGUUACGAGG